AUUCGCAAUAACUACAUUAAUUUUAAAAAUUCCUCACAUACAUAAUCUGUUAAAGAUAAAAUGGUGAACUCCAUUCCGUCAUUGCUGAAACGCUUAUAAUCUGUACAUACAUUAUUUUCGCCGUCGAACGACAUGAACAUGACUUCUGCUCACUACGGAUCGACUCUCGCUCCAUCAUUUAUCCAUCCUUCGAACAGUUUCUCCCGCACAAAUUCCCUUCAUGCUAACGAAGUUUCAUUCCUCAUCCAGCCAAGAUCACUUAAAGGCAGCUCAUUACCGUCAAAAUAUGUAAAACUUAAGUCUCCGCGCUGUAGAGCAGAUACACGGGCAAAAGAUUUCUCAACAGUAGCCGCUCAAAAAGUUGCAAAAGACAGUAAUGAUGCCGAGAGACUUGAGCCAGGCACCUCAACCAAGAGCAGAGGAGACAUAUUUCUGGAGAGAGCUCUUGCCAAACGUGAUAUUGCAUGGUCAGGUGAAAAAAAGAAAAGGGAGGAUAUGAAGGAGAAGAGGAAAAAUAAGAAGAGGAAUGUGCUAGGGCUUUCCAACAAGCCGUGCUGUUAUGGAUGCGGGGCGCCAGUGCAGACUGUGGAGGUCGACGCCCCAGGAUAUAUAACCCCUGAAACCUACGAACUAAAAAAGAAACAUCAUCAGCUUAGGUCAGUUCUCUGUGGAAGAUGUCGACUCCUAUCACAUGGACACAUGCUCACUGCUGUUGGUGGACAUGGGGGCUAUUCUGGUGGAAAGCAAUUCAUUUCUGCUGAGCAACUUCGUGAAACAUUGUCUCAUCUCCGCCUUGAGAAAGCAUUAAUUGUUAAACUGGUGGACAUUGUUGACUUCAAUGGAAGUUUCCUUACAAGGGUACGUGAUCUUAUAGGGGCAAACCCAAUCAUAAUGGUUGCAACAAAGGUUGAUCUGCUUCCAAAAGGGACAGAUCUAAAUGCUGUUGGGGAUUGGCUUGUAGAGGCAACUAUGCGAAAGAAAUUGAAUGUUCAUAGUAUUCAUUUGACAAGUUCUAAAUCACUGUCUGGAUUCGUUGGAGUUGCUUCUGAAAUUCAACAGCAAAAAAAGGGGCGUGAUGUUUAUGUUUUGGGCUCUGCUAAUGUGGGAAAAUCAGCCUUCAUAAAUGCGUUAUUGAAAACAAUGGCUCUUAAGGAUGUUGUUGCUGCAGCAGCUAGGAGGUACAAACCUACACAAUCUGCUGUACCUGGCACUACACUUGGUCCCAUUCCAAUUGAUGCAUUUCAUACAGGGAAGUUGUAUGAUACACCUGGAGUGCACCUACAUCAUCGGCAAGCAGCUGUUGUACACACUGAUGAUUUGCCCUUGCUUGCACCUCAAAAUCGACUAAAAGGGAUUGCCAUUUCUAUUGAUUCACUUAACAAAGAGAAUCAACACUUGUUUUCUACAUCCAAAGCAACAUCUGGUUUAUCUGGGGUCAAUGGUCUUAAUGGACUAUCUGUAUUUUGGGGAGGUCUUGUCAGAAUAGAUGUAGUUAAGAUGCCUCUUCACACACACCUAACAAUGUAUGGUCCAAAAAGAGUACAAAUUAAAGUAGUUCCUAGUUCUGAAGCUGACAAGUUCUAUCAUGAAGAACUUGGUGAGGCAUUAAAACCUCCCACCGGAAAGGAAAAAGCAAAAGAUUGGAAGGGACUCGAAAGUACCCAUCACAUCAAUUUAAAAGUGGAGCACAAAUCGAGGCCACUACGUGAUAUUGCUAUUUCUGGUUUGGGAUGGGUUGGAAUUGAAGAAAGAUCAAGUGAAGAUGUGGUAGAGGCAACAAAUUCAGACAUCUUGAGCAAAGGUGAUGGAGAUAUACAUUUAGUUGUUCAUGUACCUAAGCCAGUUGAGGUUUUUGUUAGACCUCCAAUGCCUAUUGGCAAAUUAGGAUCCACGUGGUAUGAGUAUUCAGAGUUGACAGAGGAGGAACAAGAAAAUAGGCCAAAAGUGCUUUAUUAAUUUUAUUCAAUGUGUAUCAAUGAUGGUUGAGAAAUUGAGUAAUGUUAUUCGAGGUCUAUUAAUAAAUUUUUUAUUCCAUUUUUAA